AUGACGCCCGCUCAUGUCGCCUCAUCCCCCCCUGUCGCCUCCCCCGCUGCCGACUCGACCGCCCCUGUCGCCUCGUCUCCUCCUAACGCCUCGUCUCCUGGCACCUCGUCUCCUCCCGACACGGCCGCUAAUGGCCAGAUUUUCAAAGGAGAUACCACCUGGUACGGAGAAUCUUGUGGAGAAGAAGAGUGCUGGCAAAAGGGUGCCUGCGCCUUUGUCGACUAUACGCUCCCUGCUACAAUUGACGGAUCCACCUGCGUUUCUGAGGUGAUCUGGAACAGCUCAUACCAUUGCGGUGCCUGUGUCGAAAUCACAUACCAGGGCAAGAAGAAGAUUGCCAUGAUUACCAACAAAACCGGAGGUGACUCAGUCCACUUGGAUCUAUCGCCCAACAUGUUCUCCAAUCUUGAAGACAAGAGCCUUGGUGAGAUUACCACAAACUGGCAAUAUGUGGCGUGCCCGAUCACCACCCCGCUUGAGAUCCGCAUGCACGGCGGUGCUUCCCAGUGGUGGUUCGCAGCCACCGUCGUCAACGCCAGGCUUCACACCGCAAAGUUGGAAGUCUCCAGCGAUGGUGGAAACACGUGGAAGGCAACUACUCGUAACGUCAACAACUUCUUCACCUUCCCUGGAUCUGGCGGUACCAACACCCCUACUGCUUGGGUCAGGGUCACUUCCGACACUGGCAGCGAAGUUGUGGUGAAGGAUGUCGACUUGACUUCCAACAAGUCCACCAAGGGUGCUUCAAACUACGCAUAA